GGCUGGACGUCUGCGGCGCCGAUUGGGUGCUGUCUCGUGGGAUCGACCAGCGGCCUGCGUUUAGGCGUCGUGUUGUGGUUGCAAUUCCUCCCCCACGACUCAAGGGGUUCAAUGGGGUUAUGCUUGCGGGAAAACAGGCUGUGUUACUCACCAAAAGUUUGUGAGAAAACAAAACAGGCAAACGAGAGGGUGAAAUUUUUUUUUUUUUUUGCCAUUGGGUUUGUAUAUUGCGUUCUCUUUGUGACUGGGAUACAAUGCCAUUUCGGUGUUGAGCGCAUUGGUAGCAACCUCUUUGGUUCGUAUGUUCUACUGAUGUUUCGGGCAGGACUGUUCGUUCGCCUAACUUCCCGUCUAAUUUGGACUGGUGUUGUUGUCUUCGCCGUCGAAAAUGAGGAAAGAUUGCUCUGGUUUCGCGCUGUCAAUGUGAGAACAAGCCGAGCUCAGCCAAGAGUCUCCGUACGGAGUAGUCGGCGGGAUGAAACAGCCACGGCAGAGGGCCUCAAAACCAACAAACAUCCAUCGGACAAAGCGAAUUGGUUGAUGUCUUGCCGUUCCCCCCCCUCCCAAUCUCUUCUCGCUGUCUCGCCCGGCGAGUCGUUGCUCGGCCUCACCUUACCUGGCGGCGGCUUAGACCUUACCCUUGCAUUCCCGGGACUCCGAGCCGCCAGCCACCCGGAACCAACCACGAGAUCGAGACCCCGGGGAUACAGGGCAUUCCCGGGGACUCAAAGGGCUGGCAAUGCUCCGUAGCUCACUGGCGGGGGGGCCAUUGGGAGCAGCAACGAGGCUGGGCGGCAGCGGGACGGGGGACCCGGCCGACAAGGGACGGGAGAAGUAGCCUAGUUUUG